AUUUGUGGACAAGAGAGGAUAAGGCGUGUGUGGGGUGUGGAAUGCGUACGCUCUGCAUAACACAAUCCUUCUCAGACAAAUCCACCCACAUUCUUCCACACCAUCAACACACACCCACCUUCUUGAUUUUUUUCACAGCAAUGGCGUCUCUGAGGCUUCCCCUGCCCAUGGUGAAAGUAAUGGCGGCUUCCAAGGCGCAGACAAAGGAACCAGAGAAGAAGAGCUUCAUCGACUGGCUCGCAGGAAAAAUUGAAAGAGAGCAUAUGGUGGAAACUGACCCCAUUCUCAAGAAGGUUGAAGGCACCUCCAAUGGCGCUGCUCGUCCCUUAGGGAAGAACACCUUGGUUGCCAAAAGGAAGGGCGUUUCGCCGCCUCCUGAGCCUGAGAAAAAACCAGGCCUUUUUGAUGGUCUCUUUGGGAAGUGAGUCUCAGUCUGCCAAUCUUUCUUUCAAGCCUCUGGAUUCAAAUCUUCCUGCAAUGUUGAUUUUCUUCUUGUAUCUCUGAUAUGAUAAUGUAUAAUUUUGCUUCAAGCAUCUGUUCAAUGAAAUGAGUACAUGCCUCCUGUGUA